GCAGCAUCCUGUGCUGAUCAUAGAAGUGGAAGUUAUGUGGUUACUGUUGUGUGUAAUGUCCUGAGGAAGGAAGCUCAUUUGGCUGAAGUCUGUGCAUACGUUAAAAAUGUGCUGUGCAUUUCUGCAUCUCCUUAUCGGUGUCGUACUUGUUCUGAAUGUUGUGGCUGAAGAGGCCACAAACCACACAAGCACAGAAAACCAAACGGAAACCUCAUCUGCUCCAGUUUCACUGUUUCCAAAUGCCACCAAAUUGAAUGAUACUAAACAGAAUGUCACGGAUGACCUGGAACGUACCACAGCUGAGAUUACCACCUUCAGAAAUUCUGAAAUUCUUCCCAAAUCAGAUUUGCCUACUCCUCCUACAGUCUCAGAACAUCCUCAAACCAUCAAUACCACCACAAAACAUACCUUGAUGAUGUCAACAAAAGCCAGCAUAACAGGAAAGAAAAAUAAAGAACCACCAACACAAGAAUCAACCAGAUCAAACCAUGGAUCAACUUACGUAAUUAUCUUAGUUAUUAUUAUUGUGUGCAUCAUUGGGGGAACAGCGUUUUGCUGCCUUCAAAAGAAAUCCAGGAGAUACUCUGUGGAUUUACAUCCCAAAAAGGAAGAAGCACAGAUUCCGCUCAGCACAGUGGAUGGUGAAGUGUUUGACUCUACACCAGUUAAAGAUAUGCAAACAUUUAGUCCUGUUGAGUCCAACAUGCCAAUAAAAGACCCCAAACCUGUGGUGGCAGCUGAAAAGCCAGAUGGAGAGAAAGAAGAACAAUCCAACACCCAGGCCAUAGUGAUCCCAGAGGACAAAGCAGUGGAGCUGACCAUAGUUGAUCUGACUGAAGGAGAGAUGACCAUCUCCACCAAGACAUCAAUAGAAACACUUGAUGAGCCUCCUAAUGAAAACAACAAUAACAACACAGUGGUUGCCAUUGACGAAGGACAUGAAUUCACUGAAAUCACUCUUGCCGGCCUAUAGAAUAAACCCCCUUUUUAUCAUUUUAAGAUCUCUGAACCUGAUUUUUAAACCUGUAGCCUAUGUAAAGGUAUGAUGAUAUAGCCUACUGUAACUUGCAACAAAUAAUUUUACUCAUUAUUGUUUUCCCUGUGGAAUUUUUUGGAAUUAUAUUAUGUCCAAAUAGCUGGUGUUUUAAAUAUAUGAAAAGAAUACUGAUUUCGUUCUUGUGUCUCUUCCCAGCUGUUCUUACACUAUACUGGGCUACUGAAUUUGAAUCAUACUCUUAUUUUUAUACAUUGUGUAAAGUCAGCAUGGCUUUUUGGAUUUGUCAUUAAAAUAAAGGCCAUUAUCCCUUAAAAAACAGGGAGAUUUCCACAAUUUAAACUUUUUGCAAUGAAAUAUAUAGUUUGUAUUUAUACAUAUUUUGCCAUUAACACCACAUUGAUUGCAGUUAAAUCAGUUUUCUUGUGUGCUUAUAAUUGUAUAUUAAAUUGUUGUAAUUACACUUAGACAAGUAAGUUUUUUUUAUUUUUUAUUAAUAUUAAUGGCAUUUGUCAUUUAAUGUAUUUUUAGACAGCUUGGAUUAGUGUUUCAUAUUCUAUUUACAGUAUGUUGUCUGCAUUGUUUUGCUGUAUAUCUAGUUGUAAUUCAAAAUUGUAAUGUCCUGUUCUGGCUGCUUUGCAAUUGUAUAAUUGUAUUCUAUACAAUAGUAAAACAUUAACCGUUAUCUGCCAACAUGCUUAAAAAAUUAUUCUUGGCAUAUAAUACAUAUUUUACUUAUAAUAAAUAACCUGGUAACAUUAAUACAAAUGCAUUAAUAAGUAUGGCACUUCUAGGUAGAUGAUACAUCUAGGUAGAUGUAUCUAUUGCAAACAUUCAAAGUUCACCUGGUGUACCUGAUGUAUGCACACUGAAAUAAAACCUCUUUGCUAAAGGA